AUGUCGAUAAACCUGGGGGCUGCGAUUUACAUAUCGUUGAAACCUAUACUGAAAAUUUAUUCCAUUCUGAUAGUAGGCUACUUACUGGCCCGGUAUGAUAUUGUAUCGAUGGAAUCUUCGAGAGGUAUUUCGAACAUGGUUGUGAAUAGUAUAUUGCCCUGCCUAACUUUUAACAAGAUUGUUUCCAACAUUUCAGAUAAAGAUAUCAAAGCGGUUGGUGUUAUCGUUCUUUCAGCGGUGCUGUUAUUUGCAGUUGGUGGCUCCUGUUCUUUGCUAGCUAGAUUAGUGACACCUGUACCCCAGAAAUGGUUUUGGGGACUUUUAUUUGCAGGCAUUUUCCCUAACAUAUCUGAUCUGCCUAUCGCAUACGUCCAAAGUUUAAGUGGUGGAUUCCUAUUCGACGCAGCUUCAGCAGAGAAAGGUGUUGCGUACUGUUGUAUAUUUUUGAUCUCUCAAAGUUUCUUGAUGAUGAAUUUUGGCCUCUGGAGAUUAGUUGGCCUUGAUUUCAAGAGUGAUCAGGACUCUGAACUGGAAGAGGGUCUAAAUAAUGCUACCCCGGAUUCAUUAUCUAAAAGCAGUUCCCAACGCUUGAAUACUACGGCUAGGUCUACUCCACGAGAGAGUCAAGAAUCCUAUGAGUUGCGAAGUAUGAGCAGUAAUGCCAUUGAGAGUGAUAGUCAGGAAGAAGCUUCACGAAAUGGUCUUGAAGUACAUUCGUUAGCUGAGUCUGUGAAAAGUCUUACUGGGAUGCCAACCAUACGAACCACGACGACUUCAAGGACGCCCAGAGCUUUCUCGACAACUUCGAGCCCUAGUGCUUUGGAGAGCUCGAGGAUUAAGCCUUACUAUACUGCUGGCGAGACCGAUCUUUCCUGGUCUACAACAGUCUCUCGAAGCCGCAGGUCAAGCAUGAGGAAAGGAAGACCUUCCAUGAGUGAUGUAAUUCAAGAGUACAGCGUAGCAGAUCAGAUCAAAGACGGUGAGAUAGACCUUACUAGACCUUUGACACUGACUGAGGAUUUGGGUUAUCGAAAUGCAUUUGAUAAUGUUGCGGAAAGAAAUGAACACCAGUGGGGCUCUGAGGAUCAAGAAGGCUAUUCGAUAUCGCGAACCUCGACGAGCCAUUCGAACAGAAGCAAGACAUCGACAUUCAUCGCUACUUACAGAUUACAAUGGCUUGAAUAUAUCGCCAUUAAUUUUAUCAGGCCUGCAUCAUUGGGAGCGUUACUCGGAAUCAUCGUGGCUAUGAUCCCAUGGGUCAAAGCUCUCUUCGUUCAUACCGACGUUCAUGUUCACAAUGCACCGGACGGCCAACCAGUUCUAAAUUUUCUGAUGGACUUCACUGCCUACAUCGGUAAUGCCUGUGUCCCGCUUGGGUUACUCCUACUAGGUGGCACAAUUGCUCGAUUAGAGAUCAAGAAGCUUCCGAAAGGAUUUCUAAAAGUUGCUCUCCUGAUGACAGUAUGUAGACUAAUGGUUAUCCCUAUAAUCGGUGUCGCAUGGGCAAACAAGCUCUAUAAGAUCAACUGGCUAGAGUCUACAAUAGCCAAAUUCGUCAUGAUUCUCACAUGGUCAAUGCCUAGUGCUACAGCCCAGGUUUAUUUCACUGCAUUUUACACUCCUCUGGAAGGAGCACACACACAAUUGGAUUGCCUAUCGGUGCUAAUCUUAAUGCAAUAUGCAAUACUAUUCAUUACGGUACCAUUCGUCGUUACAUACACCAUCAAAGUCGAUCUUCAAAUGUAA